ACAGUAAUUAUGUCUACUCCAAACCUCAAUCAAACUAAUAAUCAAGCCCGAGGACAAUCAAGGGCCAUCAAUAUACAACCUUCACAAGUUACUCAGCUUCUCCAGGCGUUGAAACAGGAGGUUGCUUUGGCCAAGGCUGCUGGUAAUGAUACUGCAAGAGCACAACAUCACUCUGUUAAAGCUGAAAGUAUCAAACAAAUUUUAUUGGAUUAUCAGGCCCAGCAGAAGGCUAAGAUGGCCCAGCAGCGUGGACUUCAACAACAACAGUCAAUGUCUCAAACCCAACAAAUGGCCGGUUUAUCAAGAGGCAAUCAACUUGGCAUGCAAGGAAAUCUACAAUCGGUGGGAAACUCCAAUUUUCAACAACAACAACAACCCCGUCCUCAAACGGCUCCCCAGGCUCAACAGAUGGGAAUGAAUACGACUACCUCUGAUAACCAAAGAGCCAACUCGGGUACUCCAUCUUUACCAGCAAAUACAAUUACAGAGAAAAACUUCAGUGAAGUGAAGCUCAGAUUAGAAGAGUUUGAACGGAAAAUCCACCAAUUGGAGAACUCAAAGAAGAACUAUACGCUUCCUGAGCAAAUAUCUCAAGUGGAAUCUUCAAUCACUGAAUUGAAGAGUAAAUAUAGCAAGUACCAAAAGUUUGCCUUGUACAUGAGGACUCAAUUGAUGGAAAGAGCCAGGGCCCAGGGACAAUCCCAAGGUCUGCAAAUGGGUCAAAAUCAACAAUCAACUGCUUCUCAAAAUUUCAACCAGGUAGGCCAGCAAAUGGUAUCGCUGCAAGGAUCUGUUUCAACUCCUUCGACGGCACAAGGACAAGGGUUGCCACUAUCACAAACUCCUCCUAUAAGUUUACCCCAGCAAGUGGUGCAGAAUCAGGCCUCACAUGUCCAAGCCUCGGGUGAUAAGAAGCCUCAAAUGGGUAAGUCAACAUCACCAGUCCCCCAAUCGCAACCACAGUCCAGUUCAGCUUCUCCAGCCAGAAUAAACUCGAACCUUAACUUACAAGGUAUAACCAAACAAAGUGCUCCUUCAUUACCCAUAUCAAGUAGCAUAAACGUAAGGCCUCCUCAACCGGUAACCAUGAAGCCAAAUAACAUUUCUAGACCCACUUUAAGUGGAGGUGUCGCUAAUGGGUUUGGACAAAUUUUAGGGACUCCUGCCAUAGUCAAAAUCCCCACUUAUGAGUUGAAUCAAAGCGGAAAUGCCCAAAUCCCCGAUAAUGGAGGAAGAGUAUUAACUAAACGGAAGUUGAACGAAUUGGUACAAACAAUUGGAGCAGACCAAGGCGAUGGUAAAACUGUUAUUGAUGGGGAUGUUGAAGAAUUGUUAUUGGAUUUGGCAGAUGAGUUUAUCAACUCAGUCACCGGAUUUGCAUGCAGAUUGGCAAAACACCGUAAAGUGGAGAGCAUUGACGUGAGAGAUGUGCAAUUACAUUUAGAGAAAAAUUGGAACAUUCGUAUCCCCGGAUAUUCAAUGGACGAAAUCAAAUCUACUAGAAGAUGGCAACCCACCCCAACAUAUCAACAAAAGGUUAGUGGGGUUGAGAUCUCCAAAUCUGUUAACGAUAUUUCCGGGUAAAGUCAUGGAUUGGUUUAUAAUUAUAUUAUGAUAUUAUUUUUUAAGCUCAAACGAAAGAACAUUCUAUGUCAACGUAGAAGGGUAAACAAAAACACAUACUAUGCUAAACCAGUGGUCAUUUCUAUUGUUGAGAGCCGCAUAAGAUGGCCAGAGUUCUUUACCUGAAUCUUGCUUGCAUCCCCAUCUUGACAAAAGCCAUGAAGUAUACUCAAUGUUACUAACAAAUUGUAGCUUGUAAUAUCAGUAAACUACGUGUCACCCACUCGGUAAACCACACUGCUGAUGUGUUUCUCGUUUCUUCCCAAGUAGCGAUCGCAUCUGUUGGAUUCUGCCCCCGGCCUGCACCUCCGCGCACCUAUAAAAUCUUCUCCCUGUUGGGUGAAUUUACACACUGCCAAGAAGGCUCAACAAGGUCCAACAAGGCAUUUUUCAAAACAUGGGACAUCGAUUAUUGUAGUAACGCUUUAUAUUUCUCCAUACAACUGACACGGAACUGGUACCGAGGCGAGAUCUGCUUGUCACCCUCUCGAGCCAAUCUGAGAUUUAGUAAAAAUAGACUAUCCACGAAGCCUCAAAAAAGCUGGCGAGCACCGAAUAAACUAGCCUCAAAAUUAUUAUUUCCAAGGUAUUCUCGUCAUCC